AUGAAACGACAUGAUUUGCCACCUGUGUCCCUGAACGACUUCACCCUCACCCCGUCUCAUUCGGCCUAUAGUCCUGAAUCAGACCAAAUCCUCCCCCCACCGCAAGCGUCACUGCACACAGACCAUUCCCUCGACUCGGACUUCUGGGGGCAACACAGCAACCAGUCCCACUCCCCGAGCUCUGUCUCUGUGUCGCCCACAAUUCCACCACCACCAUCUGCCCCCUCUGCGCCACCCCCGCCCCCAGCGGAUCCCCCCAAGCCCAAGAAAUCCCGACGAGAAAAGCCUCGGAUCGAGCUUGCCCCAGACCAGCCUCCCACCACCCAGGGCAAGCCUCGCGAACGUGUCUACGUUGCAUGCAUCCAAUGUCGAACGAGGAAGAUCAGGUGCGAUGGCGCAAAGCCAACUUGUCACAACUGCAGCCGCCGUACUACAGGAAACAACGACUGCACCUACGACUCCGUCCCAAAACGCCGCGGCCCCGACAAGUGUCCAGGCGCUCGCCAGAGGUCAGCGCGUGGGGCUAAUGGCGAAGUUGUAGGCCCGCGGCGACGACGUCGCACGACCCGGUCAGAUACCACUGCGUCAAACAGCGACACGAACGCAAAUACCAUCUCCAAACAGGCACCAGCUGUCGAGCCCCUAGUCCAGGCUCUGCCUCAGUCCCCUCUUGACCCCGGCCCCCAUCCAAUCAACGCACAUGCCAAUCAACCUCAUCCUGAACAACCUAGCCACUCGGUGCCCGACUUCGUUAAACCUUAUCCGCCGGAAUGUGGGUGUCAUGGGCUAGUUGACUGUCCAGAUCUGUUGGGGGGUUAUUCACUUACCGACAGCAGGAAAUCGUCCGCUAUGCCUUCUCCGACUUAUGACUACCCCUUUGACCAUUUCUCCAUGAUGCCUCCUCACCCCCACGUCGAGACCAGAGGGGGAUACAUCACCGAAAUCGACGAGAACGGUGAAGAAUGUGCUCAUCAACAACGUCAGGAAAUCGACAUUGGUAGCCAGCCCUCGUUGAACUUUACCCGCAAAGUCUGGUGGGACUCACUCUUGUCUCUAUACGCCUCUUCCAACCCCUUUCAUCUCAGAGCCAUAUCCGCCUCGGAACGCGAGACCAUUUCCCAUAAAAUUGGGGCUGACUUGCGCUGGAUCUUCCGUGCGUCGAACUACUGGUUCUCGUUCUUCCAUCUCCCGACGUUCUUCGGCAACUUUUAUGACCCUCACAAACGGGAACGCAUGCAACCCAGUUUGGUCCUUGCCCUACUCGCCAUUUCCACGUUCUUCCAGAGCUCUGAGGUUGGCAACGGCCAAGGAGGACGCGAGCGCGCGUUAAGAUUUCGGGACGAAGCCCAGGGUGCUUUGGAGGCGAGCUUCAAUUCAGGGUGGAUCGAUGAGACACUCGCUCAGGCAGCAUGGUUGCUUGCCUUGUUCGAAGUUUGUGCCCAUCCCUCUCAUAGCUCGGAGAGAUCGGGCUCCUCUAUGCUCAUGUUGGACUCACUCAUUCGCAGUCUUUCCCUCACCCUCGUGGAUGCGGACGAUCCCAACACAACACUCUUCCCUCCGGGAUCUGUGCCGGUCGUGAGCCAACCCCACCGCCGCUUAACGCAAGUUUCUGGCAAUCGGCUUUGGUACCCGGACCAACCAACUGUCCCCGACCUCAGUUAUCCGGCACAUAAUGUAUCGCACCCCGAACCAUCGGGAUGCACCUGUCAAUCUAUGACCCUUGGCGAAAACUGGUCCUCCGCCAACGACCUGGUUCCCAUGUGGGGGUCUACCCCGGCCUGGGGUGAAGGCUGGUCAGAAGCGGAUCUUCGCAAAGAAUCGAUCCGCCGCCUGUGCUGGAGCUCAAUGAUCCUGGCAGCUGGCCACAUUUCAUACACAAUGGCCCAUAGACAAACCGGACUAGACUUGUUCAUUUCUGACCCUGCGAAUUAUGCCCUCCUCUUCUCGGGAGAGUCGGUUGCUCGUUCGCCCUCCCUUUCUGGUCAACAAUCCUCGAAGGACACGGUUUGGGCACUGUUUGACCGCGCCUUCUUGCUUUGGCAUGGUUGUAUCAGGAUGCGGAAUAACGCUCGCGCGAGCGAUACCGACAAGGCGCAGUUCGCUGUCAAAGCGUGGAUAGAAGCAGACGCUCUUGAGCAAGCAUUGAACAAGCACACCUGCGCUAUUGAGCGAGCUUUCAUUUUCCAGGCCAGAGAGUACAUCUUCAAUACUAGAAUGUGCAUUUCCUACGAAUUUCGCCGCUUUGUGCCCCUCGUUUCGGCAAAUGUUGACAGUUUGUUCCAUCGUACGAAGGCUGAGGAAUGGCUGUCCCAUCAAGCGACGGUUGCUCAACGCUUCAUGCUGGGCCUUCACACCAUCACUGGCAACGCCAACAAUCUCCUUGCCCGUCGACCUUUCUUUGUCUUUUGGUUCAUGGGGCAGAUCGGUCGCGCGCUCGCUUUGUGGCAAUGUGACAACUCUUUGACGGUCGCGCUCGACGUUUGCAAGGCAUUGCUCCCUGCAAUCGACUACCUUACAGCACUUUGGCCGUGUCUCGAGCAACGCCUUCGAUACGAUGCUCUCCGAGACAAGCUCGAGCAAGCCUGCUAUACUGCUGGUAUCAGUCCCCCACCUCCACCUAACCUUACCUUGCCACUCCCAUCUACUCCUGAGGCUCUCGUUUAA